CUGGUAAGCCAAUCACAAAGACAAUGGUCAGAAAUUCGAAGUUAGUCCCCCUUGUGGUCGCUCCGUUUCUAUGUGGUGACUCUGUAAAAUAUCCCGAAAAUUAGAUAUUUACAGAGCGAAAUAAGCUUGAGAGUUUCUCUUAACAGUAAACGUGUGGUCGUCUGGACAACUUCCCACUCUGACGUUCAGCGGCGCGCUCCUUGAAUGGUGACGUGUUUUCGAUCGUCUCUCAGCUUUUGGGUUUUUCCACAUCGAAAAGUUCCCACUUGCAAUACUCAAUCUAAAAAGAAAUUGAACGUUUUCAGCACUCCUGUCCCUGCAUGCAUUUCACCGAUGUGUAUUCGUAAACCCACUUCUCAACAGUUGGAAAUUGGCAUUAUUAUUCCUUUAAACUAACCGGUCUGCCUCUUGUCAUUGGUUCUUGGGUGUUUCAACUGCCAAACUGCCUUAGCUCUCGUUUCCCUCGGAGGUCGUUCCCCAGGAAGCAUUUUUCCUGGUUAUGCAUACACAUCUGGAGCUUACGGUGAAACUCGUUGAUCAAGAGCUGAGGAGCAAGUGACAAGUGUCUAAAGGUACCUACACAAACAAGAGUCACGACAGUCCCCUGAACAUCCCAGCAACCUGUAGCUCCCCAAUCACUACAAAUUACAACUUACUAACCCACAAAACAUCCACCUCACCGAAGCUAAAAGUAAGAAAGCAAAGGGGAUUUCCUUGUUCACUGCAGUAGUGAACCGAGCAACUCGAACCAAGCCCUAAGAACUAGACUCGAGAGACCAAAAACUGUCAAUUUUCUGCACUCGCACUAUCAAUAUUGGAUAUUGGUAGCGUGAAAUUCGCUCAAAAAUUACGCAAAUCUGAGUCAGUCUUCAAUGCAGUUCAUCAUAAUCAGUAAUGUUUAGGCCAAGUGAAAGUUCAAGCGCAUUAUCUAAUUCAUCCCACGCACAAGCAUCAAAGAUUUUGGUAACAAAACGUUCUUGGCAGGCAGACUUUAUUUGGGCCAGGUUUCCUGCAAAACAGAACGGUCAUGUAACCAAUAAUUUAACGGCGACUGUAAACGAGACAGAACCACAUACUGUGUACAUUGGGGAUACUGUAGAUAGUCUAACAUUUCCAAGAUCGGAUUUCGUUGAUGAGCCAUGUUGUUCUCUUUCUACUUCGAAUACAAAUAUCCCGCCCCACUUUACACAUCCUGAAUGGGCGGAAGAUGUAAAGUUAACUAAAUUUCUCAAAGUUCAUGGAUUUCGUUGGUAUCAGGUUGUAAUAUUUCUCAUUUCUAUUGUGAGUUAUCUCGCAGAUGUGGCAUCUGACGCAUACUUGGUUUACACUUAUUAUGUACAGGAAGAUUAUUACUGGUCUGCUUUAACGAUGAUACUUAUGAUUGUUCCAGCUCUCCUAAUGUCAACUUUCAGUCUGACCUGGUACUUUAUAGAUUAUAAAGUUCGAGUCGAUCCUCCACGUAGCUGUCGGACGUGGGCUUUCAGACUGCUUCUCCAUGGUCUUCAACUGGCUCCUUUAGUGCGGUCAGCUGACGCUAUUUAUUAUGGUAUAACAAGUCGUCGACCUGGUUUAAGCCGUCUUGCAGCGGCGCAGUAUACGCAGCUGAUGCUUUAUGAACAUGCUGACUGUGCCAUGCUUCGCAUGAUAGAAUGUUUCACAGAGUCUGCACCACAGCUUUUACUGCAGUUAUAUGUGAUUUUAACACAACCGUAUUCGACACAUAAAUUUAAAAUAUCUGCACAAUCAGUUUCAUGCGUAUUCUCAUGGCUUUCAUUGGCAUGGUCGUUAACUUAUUACCAAUCUGCCUUGCGCAGUUCACGGAUUGAGAAGGCAAAUACUCGCACUACUGGUGUUGUAUUAUUUUUCUUCUGGAAGUUUGGGGUGCUUGCUGCACGAUUAUUAGCUUUAAGCAUGCUUGCUGCUGUUGUCAAAGGAUUUGUUUUCACUGGGGUGCUCUGUAUUCAUUGGUUAUUGGCUUCUGGGUGGUUGAUCACCAGAGGGACAACGUUCUGUUCAUCCAAUUCACGAGCGUGUGGAGAAAUAGCUUUUGAUUUUGUUUUAGGUGCAGUUUACUGUUUUGAUGUUGUGAACAUACAUGAAGGACAUAGUCGAUUGUGGUACAUGUAUUGUUAUAUAAUACUUGGUGCUGAAAAUUUUUUGUGUGCAUUACUGUGGUGGUUGACACAUUCUUUUAUCAAUACCGGCUUAUGCGUCAGCCUGUUUAAUAUUCAGUCAACAUCUUGGGUCACUACUUUCCCUUCGUAUUCUUUACCUGUUUUUGUGAUAUGCAGUUUUGUUCAGGAAUAAUAAUGAUGAUCAUCUACUAUUUCACGGCCCACGCAUCAGGGAAAAUUCAGGUAUG